AUGUGCCCAUCUGUCACUCAGCAAGAUCAGGUUGCCAAUGUCUGUGUCAGCAGCACCAAGCAACGAAAUGGGACGUCAAGCAGGUCCCAGCGGGUGACAAUCAGCCCCGAGCCACUGGAGUCAAUGCGGCAGGUCCCAGCGGACUGCACCGCCUGCGUCUUCCCCUUCAUCGACCGGGGGCGAUCGUACCCCACGUACUCCCAGGAUGGGAGCUGGGCCAGGUGGACACUGUGGUGCACCACCACCGCCCGCUACGACCAGGACUCCCACUGGAAGCGCUGCUAUGGGACGGAAUAUGGAGGCAACACAGGUGGCCAGCCCUGCGUCUUCCCCUUCGUGUACCAGGGCCGGGCGUUCUACACCUGCACCGACGAGGCUGCCAAGCCACGCAGGUUCUGGUGUGCUACCACUGGGAACUACGACUGGGACUGGCUCUGGAGCUACUGCCCUGCUGAAUAA